CACAUUUCUGCUGCUCAGUUGACUUAGCUUUAGAAAGAAAAUGGUUUUCAUAGUAUUUAUGCUAGUAAUUUUCACAAAUGUACAUGAUACGGCUUCGGAGGCUGAGAUAGCAUAUGAGUGGCCUACUAAGGAAAAAGUUUGGUGUGAGUUAAACGGUGAGAGGUACCAUGAGGGCGUGGUCUUCGGGGUCCCAGCCAACACAACGUGCAACACAUUCAAGUGUGUGAACGGGUCAUUGGUAGCUCAACAUGAAGGCUGUGAGUUAAAGAACAACUGCUACACAGUCGGGGACCAGUUUGAGCUGUCGUGUUCCACUUACAAAUGCGACAAGAUAACACAGGACACCGUAACACAACUUUCUGUAGAACUGGUACUUGGUGGAUGCUCCGACAGCGGUAAAAAAUGCCACAAGGUCGGCGAAGUCUUCCCUUCCUCAUUCAACGGUGUCGCUUACAAAAACUGUUCUUGUGUGCUUCAAGGUAACGCCGUAAAUGUACACUGCCGUUAAUGCUCAAUGGACCAAAUGAUUUGUUCUGUACGUGUUCUAAGCAUUACAAAACAAAAAAUGUGAUUCGGAAGUGUUGAAAUAAAAUUGUUUCGUC